AUGCGAGGUGGUAGCUCGUUCAAGCGCGCUGUUGGGGUCGAACUCUCUACCACAAUCCAGCAGUCGCGUGUGCUACUGGUAGGCGCUGGUGGCAUCGGCUGCGAACUGCUCAAAAACCUCGUCCUUUCUGGCUUCGGCGAAGUACACAUCAUCGACUUAGACACUAUCGACUUGAGCAACCUCAAUCGGCAAUUCCUGUUCCGACACGAGCACAUAAAGAAAUCGAAGGCCCUGGUUGCGAGAGAUGUCGCGCAGAAAUUCCGACCCAGCGCGAAGCUCGAAGCAUACCAUGCGAACAUAAAGGAUCCCCAAUUCAACGUGGAUUGGUUCAAGUCAUUCAAUAUUGUCUUCAAUGCGUUGGAUAAUCUGGACGCCAGGCGCUAUGUGAACCGAAUGUGUCUUUCUGCCGAGGUGCCUCUCAUCGAAAGUGGCACCACGGGGUUUAAUGGUCAAGUCCAGGCCAUCAAAAAGGGCAACACGGAGUGCUAUGAUUGCACCCCAAAAGAAGUGCCCAAGUCAUUUCCUGUGUGCACUAUCCGCAGCACCCCCUCCCAGCCGAUUCAUUGCAUUGUCUGGGCGAAGAGCUACUUGCUACCGGAGUUGUUUGGGAAAAGUGAAUACGAGGCCGAGGAGCUAGACACCUCAGAAAAUGCAGAGAAUGCGACGGAAAUUGAAGAGCUACGGAAGGAGGCUCGGAUUCUCCAAGACAUUCGACAAUCAAUGGGCUCUGCCGAAUUUCCCCAGAAGGUGUUCGAGAAGGUCUUCAAGGACGACAUUGAACGUCUACGAGGAAUGCACGAUAUGUGGACGCAGCGCAAACCGCCAGAGGCCCUGGAUUUCGACGCAGCCCAAGCAGAAUCCGAAUCUAUCCCACCCACAAUCUCGAGCAAUGACCAAAAGGUGUGGUCGUUGAACGAGAACUUUGCAGUGUUCAAGGAUAGUUUGAGUCGCUUGACCCAACGUUUAAAUGAGCUCCAAAAAACUUCAACUGACGAUCAACCCGUGAUCUUGACGUUUGACAAGGACGAUGAGGAUACCCUUGAUUUCGUUACAGCAACAGCUAAUCUUCGGGCGGUUGUGUUCGAUAUUCCUCUCAAGUCCAAAUUUGAUACCAAGCAGAUGGCGGGCAAUAUCAUUCCUGCCAUUGCAACCACAAACGCAAUGACCGCUGGCCUUUGCGUCCUCCAGGCAUUCAAGGUGCUCCAGGAUGACCUGGCGCAUGCCAAAAUGGUCUUCCUCGAGAGAUCCGGCGCCCGAGCUAUUAAUUCCGAUUCCUUGAACCGUCCAAACCCUGAAUGCCCAGUUUGCUCUGUUGCCCAGGGGAGGGUGAUCGUCGACUCAGACCGUGCCACGCUUGAAGACCUCGUUCAAGCCGUUAAUCGGAUGAAAUUAGGAUAUAGCAAAGAUAACUUCGCGGUCACUUCAUCGCUCGGCCUCUUGUACGACGAGGACAUGCUGGACAACCUGCCCAAGAAAUUGUCAGAGCUGGAGAUUAGAAACGACUCCUUUCUUACAAUUAUCGAUGAGCAGGACGAGGAUCCCCGCGUGAACUUGGAGCUGCUUGUCGUUGAAAUAACCGGAACCGCACGCGAAGACGCAGUAUCUCUGGAGCAGGUGUUUGAACUCCCUCGAAAGCCCAGAGCCCUUCAAGAGUCAACUCCCGAAGUUGCGCCAACCAAUGGCACUCUUGCUAUCGGCAAACGCAAGCGGGAGGCUGACGAGAUAGAUAUGGCGAAUGACCACGCCCCCAAGCGUAUCGCUGGUGGGCCGGUGGCCGAGGGCGAUGGGUCCGAUCCUAUCGUUCUCGAUGACGCCGAUGGGGGCGCCAUUUUGAUUGAUUGA